GAAAAAAGUGACAAUGGAAGAGCUGUACAAUUAAACGACUAGGGAAUGACAGCAAGUCUAUAAAAAGCCAUUGCAGUAGCAAAAGACACCAUUUUCUAAUUGGCACAAUUAAAAAGCGGAGAUACCAAAUAAAAUUUAGCGAUAAGAAACGAUAAAAGAAAGCAGAUUUACAUGAUGCAGGGGACAGUGAAAAAGAAUCCAAAUAGGACAGUGAAAAACUUCAGCUCUAGCAAAUUCGGGUUUGAGCAUGGGCUCAACUAAAGCCAGCCCAACCAAGCUAUUCACAAGUCUUUUACACCACAUCAAUUCCCGGUGGUGGCGACGGUGACGGCACGGCGGCGUCAAAGUUUUUCUAUUUAUUUGAAUUUUCUCUCUUUAUCUACUGCUGAGAAGAAUGAAUUUUUAGCAAAAAUUAAUGGGUAAGAAAGGAUCAAGAAAGAAAGGAGGUGGUACAACAUCUGGGUCAGUAACAUUGAGAGAGGAGCUAAGUGGGAAGGAGAAACAAAAUCAUGUAAAUGCAAAAUCAAUGCUUAAAUUGGAACAUAUAAAGAAUCUUGCUACCUGGGUUAGCGGUGAAACUCCCAUACAUUCACUUGGUGCAUUCUUUGGUCAGAGAUUAGCUGCUUCAGCUGAAUCCUUGGGUGUUCCUCCGGAUCCCUCUUUGUUUUCUUGUCAAAGGUGUGAAUCUAUCCUUCAGUCUGGCUAUAAUUGUUCAUUAUGGAUCGAGAAGAACAAAAGAAAGGGACAAAAUAGACUCAAGAAACCUGGUAUUCCCCCGAAGAACUAUGUUGUCUAUGAGUGCCAUUUCUGUUCACAUCGUAAUCUGAAGAGAGGAACUCCGAGUGGCUAUAUGAAUGACCUAUAUCCUGUCAAAACAACAACUUCAAGAGUAUACCCUACUAAAUCAGCAACCCGAAAGUCUGAACAGUUGGAUACGGUAGUGUCCAGUAUCGAUAAGGCAAGAGUCGCCCCUACUGAAUCAGCAAUGCAAAAAUCUGAACAGUUGGAUACGUUAUUGGCUAAUAUCGAUGAGACAAGAGUUGACCUUACUGAAUCAGCAACCCAAAAGUUUGAACAGUUUGAUACUUCAGUGGAUAGUGCCAAUAGAGUUAAUAAUGCAGAUGUAAUGGUUUCAUCUGAAAUAGUUGGAGAUGAUCCUACUGCUGGUCCUGCAACUCCAUUGUCGACAGUAACAGUUACUUCUUUGUUGGAUUCUAAGAGGAAGAAAAGAAACAGAACAGGGUCCAAGAAGAAAGUUGAACCUCAGGAUGGUUCAUCCGCGACAGAUGCUGAGGAAACCGUCCCAACAUCCAGUAAGCGAAAGAGGAAGUCUUGGACUAGUUUGAAGGAAAUUGCUGAAAGUAAGGAGAGCUUUGGAGCAACGGUAAAGUUGUCUCCGCGUGACAUAUAGGUUACAGGUUCGAACCGUGAAAGCAACGACUAAUGCUUGCAUUAGGGUGGACUGACAUCACACCCUUAGGGGUGCGGCCCUUCCUCAGACCGUACGUGAAUGCGGGAUGCUUUAUGCAUCAUACUGCCCUUUAUGUUGUAGGAGUAUCAAAAUAUUCCCUUAAACUAAAAUAUAAUUGAGAACACAUAGAUUAGGAUUUGAUGAUCCGAAAAGAAAAAGAUCUUUCUAUUGUAAAAUUUAGAGUGAAAAUAUUUCCUUUUCUUUGUUAUUGAGACACUAUUGAUCUUGUUGAGACAUUAUUGAUCUUAUAUUAGUGACUUAUGCUUUCCUGAA